AGUGAAACAUCCAUCUAACGUUUACUUUCCUUAGCCCUCACAUCUUCCUUACCAACGGCGGCGGCAAGACCGAGGAAGAGCGCUGCCAAGAUCUAUCUCGCCAGCUCCAGCGCGAGAUCAAGCCCGGGCAGUUCAUCUGCGGCCACACGCCCAUGAGGGAAAUGGCCAACAAGUACAACACAGUCCUGGUGAUUGGCGGCGAGGGCGAGAAGUGCCGUCUCGUCGCCGAGGGCUACGGCUUCAAAGACGUCGUGACGCCCGGAGACAUCAUCAAGCACAACGCGGCCACCACGCCGUUCCGCAAGCUGACGCCCGAAGAGCUGGCCAACUCGCGCGAGCGCAACUUUGACGACGUCGUCAUCGACGCCGUCUUCGUGUUUGCCGACUCCCGGGACUGGGCCGGCGACAUCCAGAUCAUGCUCGACGUGGCCAUGUCCCAGCAAGGCCGGCUGGGGACCCGCAGCGAGACCUUUGACGAGGGCCCCCCCUUUUACUUCUCCCACAACGACGUCGUCUGGUCUGCUGCCCACGAGCACGUGCGCCUCGGCAUGGGGGCUCUCCGGCGCAUGUUCGAAAUCACCUUUCGCGAUCUGACGGAUGGCAAGGGCAAGCUCCACACGCACGCCUUUGGCAAGCCCCAGGUCUCGACCUUUGAGUUCGCCGAGCGGCUGAUGCAGUCGUGGCGGAGCACCGAGCACGGCAUCUCCGGGCCGCCGCAGACGGUGUACUUUGUCGGCGACACGCCCGAGAGCGACAUCCAGGGCACCAACGCCAUCAACCAGGUCGCCGACAACGACUGGUACAGCAUCCUGGUCAAGACGGGCGUAUACCAGGACGGCACGGAGCCGGCACACAAGCCGCGCGUGACCGUCAACACCGUGCUCGAUGCUGUGCACCACGGCAUCCAGCGCGAGAUGCGCAAGAAGGUGGUGUCGUCGCUCAAGCGCAAUGUUCUGGGUCAGUCGGAGUGCGCUGGUACGGAGACCAACCCGGCUAUCGUGGAUGAUGACAUGCUCGUUUCUGUAUGAAGCGUUUUGAUUGCCUGCUGGUACUGGAUAUUUUUGCGAAAGGGCAUUGUGUGAUGGAGUACCUGGAGUUUUUUUUUGAUGCACUCAGACGGAGCAUGAGUGAUUUUCUUUUCCCUUCUCUUCUCUUUCAAGACACUUUCGUUGUCAUUGGCAGAAGCUGAUGUCCCCUUUUCAUAUA